AUCAGGACACUUCCACAACUCAUUAAACAUUUGAUUUGUAUAUGGCAAAAGACAGUUUCAUACAACUGAUGCACUAAAACACAAACCAAAUCAAGACAAAACCAGAUUCUGAGAUCGCUUCUUCUGUGAAAAAAAUUCGUCUUGGCACUGAUUCUUUUCGGUUUCCAAUGAACUGAGAGUGAAAAGCAGGGAAUUAAUCAGUUUCAUCCAGUGAUUGGGUUUUGGCAAUCAGAUCAAAAACCAUGAGAGAAGAAGGUUCAGGAUAUGACAGCACCCCUUUUUUGGAUACCCAAUAUGCAGAAUGUCACGUCGAAAGAACUGGUACAGUGUGGACUGCAGUGGCACACAUAGUGACAGGAGUGAUAGGGUCAGGAGUGUUGUCUUUGGCAUGGAGCAUUGCACAGCUUGGAUGGAUUGGAGGGCCACUCACUAUUGUUUUCUUUGCUGCCAUCACUCUCCUCUCUUCUUUCCUUCUUAGCAACACAUAUCGUUCUCCAGACCCUGAACUUGGCCCUCAUAGGAGCUCCUCAUACCUUGAUGCUGUUAAUUUGCAUAAGGGGGAAGGGAAUAGUCGCUUCUGUGCUGUUUUUGUGAACGUAAGCUUAUAUGGUUUUGGAAUUGCUUAUGUCAUUACUGCUGCUAUCAGCAUGAGAGCAAUCCAAAAAUCAAACUGUUCCCAAGACAAUGGGAAUGAAGUAACAUGUGGAUUUGGGGAUGGAUAUUUCAUGCUUAUUUUUGGGGCUAUGCAAGUUCUUCUCUCACAGAUACCCAACUUCCAUAAUAUUCAAUGGUUGUCAAUUCUUGCAGCAAUUAUGUCCUUUGCUUAUGCUUUCAUAGGAAUGGGGCUUUCUGUCGGGCAAGUCACAGAAAAUGGACAUGCUGAGGGUAGUAUUGAAGGAAUCCCUACUUCCAGUGGAAUUGAAAAGUUAUGGCUGGUUGCUCAAGCACUUGGUGACAUAGCAUUCUCCUAUCCAUUCUCAGUAAUUCUUAUUGAAAUACAGGAUACUUUGAAGUCGCCUCCACCAGAAAAUGUAACCAUGAAGAGGGCCUCAACAAUAUCAGUCAUUGUCACAACAUUUUUCUACCUCUGCUGUGGGUGUUUUGGAUAUGCAGCCUUUGGUAAUGAUACACCAGGAAACCUUUUAACAGGGUUUGCACUCUAUAAAAAACAUUGGCUUGUAGACUUUGCCAAUGCUUGUAUAGUAAUUCACCUAGUUGGUGCAUAUCAGGUGUAUAGCCAGCCACUUUUUGCCAAUGUUGAGAAUUGGCUUCGUUUCAAGUUCCCGGACAGUGAAUUUGUGAAUCGCACAUACUCCUUGAAACUCCCUUUGCUGCCAGCUUUCCGGCUAAAUUUUCUUAGGCUGACUUUCAGAACUGCAUAUGUUGCAUCAACAACUGGGAUUGCAAUGAUCUUUCCCUACUUCAAUCAGAUUUUGGGAGUUUUGGCUGGCAUAAUCUACUAUCCAUUAUCUAUAUAUUUUCCAGUGGAAAUGUACUUGAGUCUGGGCAAUAUUGAAGCAUGGACAGCUAAGUGGGUCAUGCUUAGGACUUUUAGCAUUGUUGGUUUUCUGGUGGGAUUGUUCACUCUCGUUGGAUCCAUUGAAGGGAUAGUAUCUGCAAAACUAAGCUGAGAAGCUUUCAGGCCUCUCCCAGAAUUGGAAGUUGAACUUGGAAUUAGAUUGUGGUUGUUACAUUUUUUGCCCUUUCUUUGAAAACCAGCAUUAAACAUAGUGAAGCAGACGCCUCCCCAAGCAUAAAGAAUUAAGCAUAGAUGGAACAUUGAUGAAUUCAAGGUUCUGUUGUUCUACCUGUUAAGAUGUAGUAGUAAAGAUGUGUAAUUGAGUUGCAGAAGCUUAAAAUUGCAUUUGUUUCUUGAAAUGAUCUUGAGAAACUAGUUAGUUUCAUCUGUAAUUCUUAGCUAAUCAUGGAAUAAAAAAGUUGAGCAGGUCCGGUUUUUGAAGCAGGGAAUCACACCUUCAGGUCACCCCCGACUUGAGAUUUGGGAUA